UGGCUCCGCCCCCUUACGUGCCCGAGCGUCAUGUAUGUAUCAUGGAGGAGGAAGCUUCAUUCUCACGUUCCCUGUAAUAACUUGUAGAGUAUGGCUUCUGGAGAGACUUUGACUGGAUUCAACGACAGGCUGAAUGUUUAGAAAGGAUCUGAAGAACAAUGAGGCGUCUAUCACGAAAAAAAGCCCUGAGCUUAGUGAAGGAGCUGGACGCCUUCCCUAAAGUGCCAGACAGCUACGUGGAGACGUCCACCUCGGGAGGAACAGUGUCCCUGAUAGCUUUCAGUGCCAUGGCACUUCUGGCUAUCUUGGAGUUCUUUGUUUAUCGAGACACCUGGAUGAAGUAUGAAUACGCAGUAGACAAAGAUUACUCCAGUAAACUGAGGAUAAAUAUCGAUAUUACAGUAGCGAUGAAAUGCCAGCAUGUUGGAGCAGAUAUUCUGGACCUCGCUGAGACCAUGAUCACAUCCAACGGUCUCCUGUAUGAGCCUGCUAUUUUUGAUCUGACCCCUCAGCAGAGACUGUGGCAAAGGACGCUGAUGCUCAUCCAGAGCCGGCUGAGAGAGGAGCACGCUCUCCAAGAGGUGCUCUACAAAACUCUGCUCAAAGGAGGUCCGACCGCCCUGCCUCCUCGGGAGGGUGCAUCUUUGGAGCCGCUCAACGCCUGCAGGAUACACGGUCACGUUUACGUCAACAAGGUGGCAGGAAAUCUACACAUCACUGUGGGAAAGCCCAUCCACCAUCCUCAGGGUCACGCCCACAUUGCAGCUUUUGUGAGCCACGAUUCGUACAACUUCUCCCACCGAAUAGACCAUUUAUCUUUCGGCGAGGAGAUACCCGGCAUCAUCAAUCCUCUGGACGGCACAGAGAAAAUCACCCUUAACAAUAACCAGAUGUUUCAGUACUUCAUCACGGUGGUGCCAACCAAACUGAACACAUACAAGAUCUCAGCGGACACACACCAGUUUUCAGUGACAGAGCGGGAGCGGGUGAUUAACCACGCGGCCGGCAGCCAUGGCGUUUCAGGCAUCUUUGUGAAGUACGACACCAGCUCUCUGAUGGUGACGGUCAGCGAGCAGCACAUGCCCCUGUGGCAGUUCAUGGUGCGGCUGUGUGGCAUCGUCGGGGGGAUAUUCUCCACCACAGGCAUGCUCCAUGGGCUUGUCGGCUUCUGUUUCGACAUCGUCUGCUGUCGCCUCAAACUUGGAGUCUAUCGGCCGAGGGAGGUGAGGGAGGAAGUGGAGCCACACCACCAGAUGAACAACCUGAACAAUCACCAGACUCCUCUGCUGCCUGAAGACGUCCCUCAGGAGUAGCCGUCUUCAUCCCUCAUCAAGCUGCUGAUCUGCACGGUUUGAAUCCCAGAGGAGGCCGAGCUCCAUCAUCAGAGGGUUUCACUGUUCUUGUUCUGUGUGCGCACAACUGUUUUCUAACUUUAUACAUUACCAUGUGUCAUGACAUUAUGUUUUUCUACUGAAGCUGUCUGUUCAACAUCGUGCUGCUAACUCUGAACACUAGUAAAGUUCUUCUCAGACCCGAU